AUGGACGGAAGACGGGAUGCAGCGGCAGCCUCCGCUCCAAAGAAGCGCAUCAGAAAGCCCCGCGGCCGCGGCUUGCGCACCAAGACGGGCUGCUUGACCUGCCGCGAGCGGCACAAGAAGUGCGACGAGAAACAACCGGUUUGCGGCCCAUGCAGCAUCUCCUCUCGUCACUGUGUCUUCCCUCAAAUCGCGCAAGAUGGCACCGCUGCCGGCAGGCAAGCGAGUCCCUCAGUCUCCGUCACGGAACCUCCGCGGACGCGUUACCGGCGCGUUGCGGAGACCCAGUCUCGCGUCAAUGACGCAACGUCCGACUCCACGGCGGUGACUGAGUCAACGACGCCCGCGUCCCUCGUCACCGUCACCCAGCCCGCCGCGCCUCCGGUGUCCCAGCCGGCAGACGACUUCAACGCACCGUUCGUAAGCCAGCCGCCCGCUUCGGCCGGGCUCACGCUCGGCGAUGUCUACAGCUACUCUCCCGAGACCGUCGCAUCCGAGCUGUGGACCACCGACUUGGCAUCGACCCGGUGGCUCGGUCUGCUCGCCACGGACGCAGCUCAGGCCGACAGCGGCUUCUCACUCGCUCCUAGCCCUGCUCCGGAGGAUGAGGAGCAACGACGCGCGACGACCCUGCAUAGCCCACCCGACGCGAGUAAACUCUCGUCUCGGCUGAGAGAGGUCUCGGACCCGGAACGCAAGACUUGGCAGGCCGAUCGGAACAUCAAGCUGACCAACCGCGAGGCCGUUCUCUUCCGGCACUUCACGGAGCGAUCGUCGCGCUGGCUUGAUUUCUUGGAUCCUGGCAAUCACUUCUCCACUUAUGCAGUCCGCUUAGCCCUGCGGAAUGCAGGUCUCAUGAAUGCCAUCUUGGCUCUGUCGGCCAAGCAUCUGUCCAAGCUGGAGGGGGCGCUCUCGGGAUUGGCUCCCGCCGACGCGAGUCCAGCGCAGGUUUCCGACGGCGAGUGGAUUCGGUACUACUACGAGACCCUGCGCUACGUGCAGGAGGCUUUAGCUUACACCAGCUAUACCAACUCGGAAGAACUAAACGCCACGGCCAUCAUCAUCUCGGCCUAUGAGAUGCUCGACGAGUCCGAUGGGAGGGGUAACUGGCAAAGACAUCUCAAAGGCGUCUUCUGGAUCCAGCGGUCUCAGGACGUCAACGGCUGCUCCGGUGGCCUCCGUCAGGCUAUUUGGUGGUGUUGGUUGAAGCAAGAUAUCUGGUCCGCCUUCCGAGAGAAGAGACGUUGUCUCAGCUUCUGGGCGCCAUACAAGGAGUAUCAUGAGCUCGACCAACACGAGCUCGCUCACCAGGCCAUAUAUCUUCUCUCGCAAGCGGUAAACUUUUGUGCGGAUUCCCGGAUGGCCGAGGCGGCAGCAGUCCCUGAUCCUGCGGCCACGGCGAACAGAUUACGUUCUGGAAACGAGCUGCUUACAACCUUGGAGCGAUGGAGGUUGCAUCUCGGCAAUGAGUUCAAGCCUCUUCCAUCCCCGAGGGACCCCUCCGACGUUUUCACUCCGCUCUGGGUUCACCCACCCGAGUUUGGCGUUGCGCUACAGGCCUACUGUUUUGCGCGAAUACUCAUUCUCCUUCACAGCCCGAUGCCCUCGGGAUUCAACGGGUUUUUGAAGAUGCAGCGCUCUUUGUCAGAGGCCGUCGACAUGAUCUGCGGCAUAGCUAUGGAGCUGAAAGACGAAGGCUGUCAAGUGCUUUCUGCGCAGUGUCUGUACGGCGCCGGCCUCUGCGUUCAGGAACCCGCGAAGAGGGAAAAGAUUCUUUUCUUGAUGGAGCAAAGCGAGGAAAGGGUCGGGUGGACGCCGAUGGCUACCUGGCGAGACGAUUUAAGACACGCGUGGGCGGACGCCGACACCAAGAGUCCGGAUGCCACCCGCUGA